AUGAGAAUUGUGUUGCUGUUCGACUUGGAGUGUGAGAAAAAUGAACAAAUAAGAAAGAAAAUUGAAUUGGUGCUCACAUUUUCCAUACAGUAAGCAAAUCAAUUUGACCUUUUAGAGUUCAUAAAAGACAACGUCGGGAUUGUGAUGGGACCGUGUGAGAAAUAUGCGAGGUUUGUGGCGACUCUAUUGCAGACACUCCAAAAUCUAUUGGUCAAUGGUCUCUCGAGAUCGUUGAAUAUUUCGGUAGAGUUUUAAAACCUUGACGUAUAAAUUUUAGGAAUUCUAGUGCCGCCUAUGAAGAUCAUGCAUGCAGGAUUUGGGGAUGAUCUGAGUGCCGUACUUCGACCACUUACUGUUUUCAUAUAAGUCAUCAAAUUGUGAUUUUCUUAAAUUUCAAUAUUUUCACAAUGAUAGUGACAACUCUGCGAUACUUUAACUGUCCUGUAAAUCUAAUUUUAAAGGCUAAACUUUCCUAAGACUUUAAAGGACCAGAAAAGGUAUUUUUUGAACCGAUUUUUUUAUCGGCGUAAUCAGGCAAUUUCGUGGCGGGACCAUCAAGGUAUGCAUGUGUUCUCGAUUUUUAGAAUGGAGAAUAAACUUCUCUUGUGAAUUCUAAAUGGCCGAUUGGCCCAAAACCAUUGCUUCACAUGUUGAAUGAGCUGGGUCAUUCCAGGAACUCGAUGAAAAACAUCAAACCCGUUCGUGUAUUUUGUUUUUUUUUGUCCUUCAGUUACUUUUUUAGAUAUCUCUCCGAACAAGAAGGAUUGGACGAUUAGAAGCAGUUAGAAUCCGGACUCGUGGAUGGGUAUGGUCGACGGACACAUGUGGACGGGUGGGAAUUUUACUUUUUUUGUGUUUAUUUUUUAGACAGACAGGUAUCAUGAAUAAUAUAUUUUUAUCAGUGAAAUUAGUGCUCUAGCUUUAGUUAAUCACUGCAUGAAGUAGUCCACGAGUUGAUAUACGUUUUACAGGACAAAGCAUGUUAUUAAUACUCCGUUUUUGUAAGAACUAUGCACUUUUGCCAUGGAUAAUAUCAAAAUUUGGGCUAAAACUUGAUUUUUGGGUAAUAAGCUUGAACUUUUGAGCAAUAAUUUGUUUGUAAAUGUUCAUUUUGUUUCAGAUUCCUGUUACGUCGGGAAAAGACUACGUUUUGCAGGCCUUGGAGACUAGAACAAUGCCAUCAACACGGGAAAUUAUCGCUUCAUGA